AUGGCUUCUCAAGUCAAGUUCCUCAUCGCCUUGUGCGUCCUUCUCCUCAACGCUUUGGUCACAGCGACGAAUUACGAUUUAUUCUUCCAAGCUGGUGCUGAUAUCGCUAUGACUAAGUUCGAGGGUACAGUGACCGUCCCAGCAUUUGCUAAGACCGGCGCCCAUUUCUUCUCGGCUGGCCUCAAGAACCAAGAUCAUUCCUAUGGUUACGAAAACGUCCUCAACGACCAUAACGCCGGUGAAUAUGAAGUGGAUAUUCAGUACAUUAAGGCUGGACUGGGAGAGAGAACUACCUAUUCAGAGCAGAAUUUCCAACAAAUCGCUCCCAACGCUGGCAAGUUGAAUGUCGCCAGCAUCCAUGUCGGUCUGCAGUCUGGUGCUGCUUGGGACUUUGGCACCGUUCGCUGGGAAAAUGUCGUCUUCACUGCACAAACCACCGACAACAAAUGGUGUAUCGAUGGGUGGAAAAACAGUGUUGAGCUCCAGGGUAAUACCCCUGGUCUUUUGUUGUGGGGCCAGGGGGAUCUGCUCUUUUGUAAAUUCGAAUAUAUCAAUAUCCCGCCCAGAGAUUAG